AUGAUCUCCAUAACUGAUAUAGAAGAAUUUUAUAUAUUCAAAUCAUGUAGGAAUUUAGAUAAAAGAAGAUUACGUCGAGCUCUCACUCAUAAUAGGCUGGUUAUAACCCAACAUUUUACUGAGAGAACCGUUACACCCGGUGGCGAUAUAUGUAUGCAAUAUGCCGCCACUGGUGAUAGACCUCCUCAGUUUGUUUGGGAGCGAGAUGGAGUUACUGUUUCAAGCAACACAUAUCCUAGUGCACUAGAGAUCAAGAAAGUUGCAUUGGAACAUUGUGGUACAUAUACUUGCGUGGCAUCCAACCACGUAGCGAAGGUCAAUAAGUCUACGGAAUUGUAUAUCAAAGCUUAUAGUCUAACAUGGAAAGAAGCAAGCGGUCCGUGGCAAGAAGUGUGGUCACCAAACAAAGUACCUAAUAAAUUAUCAAACCUCUCUGGAGUUCAAAAACAUGCGCUGACUGGUCUUAAAUGUGGCACGAAAUAUUCUUUGAGGAUCACAGCUACUAACAAAGUUGGUACAUCACAACCAGCGUAUUUGGAUGUUAGCACGUUGGGCGGACACAUGCAUAUACAAAAACUUUUACUUUAA